GUGAUUCAUAUAUGCCUUGAUCUAUCGAUCAGAGACUGUUAAGAAUGCACUCAGUGAACUCCGCAGAGGCUAUUUAAACUGAAAUAGUCGAUAUAUGAGGGGGGUGUAAUAAGUGUAUUUGUCCCAAGUGUAAAGUUCAAACAUGGCUAUUAUACCUUGAAUUCAGAAUUUUUGUGUUUUGAAUUUACAUUUUAUCAUUCUAGUCUCGCAUCUCUGGUAUAACAAUAUUGAUCGUACGAAUAGUAUGAUCUAGUCAUGAUUCUGUAAUUGCCGUAGGUGAAAGGUGCUCAUUCUUGAUUAAUAACUUGAUAAGGUCAGAUUUAGAAACAUUUUAUAGGUAAAUGUAAGUUAAGGCUAAGGAUAGGUAAAUAUACAGCUAAAAGAAUGCGUUAUGUUCAGAGUGCUUAAGAUUGAAAAGUAAAAAGAAAAACGACUUCAUUCGACAUAUGCAAUGCGUGACUCAUUUCACACAAAUAUUGUCAAACAAUUUAUGUGAUCAAUCCAGCAUGGGAUUAAACUAUCAAGAAUGAAGAAAUAUAGAGAAAGAAAAUAACUCGUAGUGACACUGUAGUUUAUCAAGUAACUUAUUAAAAAGUCACUGUCAUUUAGGCUUCUAAGCAAUGUAAACAUGGAUACGUCUUUAGCAGUUAAAAAAGCAGAGGAAUACAAUCAUUAUUUUCAAAACUAAUCAGUAUAUCAAAAAAAUGCAUUAUACAUUUUCAUUUAUAUUAGCUCCACUUUGUAUAUUGAUUUCAGCGAAAUGUCUGAAUGGGAAGGGUAUGCUGCACAUCAUGACUUCCAUCCUUUAUCUUUAGCUUGUAACUAAUUGUUAUUUAGAAGUGAUUAGUACGUUAACUACAACAACCAUUGCAUCUGGGGUCUACAGUCAACAGUCAUUUGUGCAUUUAUUAAGCGUUGGUGGUUAUGUUAUUAUAAGUGCUGGACGAAAUCCAUCAAUACCAACAGAUAUGAAUCUAUCUGAUCGUCAGAUUGAUCAUCGGACAGAUACGUUGAAAGCAGAUUUAGAGAAAAACUUAUACUUAUUCUCCACCGUACUUGGCGUUUAUGAUGGCGGUCGAGAAGUAAGUUUCUUUAUAUCAUUACAUGAUCGACGCGAUGAUUCGUUACACGAACGUCAACAAUUUAUGAAAAUGGGUACAAAAUAUAAUCAAGAUAGUAUCAUCUAUACAAAAGGCAUAACUGAUAAAUAUUUUAUGAAUGUAACACAACAACUAAUAUACACAACAGGGCAACACAUGGGAAAUUGGGUUCAAGGCAAAGGAUAUGUUGAAUUUCACAAAAAUGUAACAGAUAACUACAGCGAAAUUCAACUAUGCCCGACUCACUCGUAUGUAUUUUCAUUAAAUUUUAAUUUUACACAGAUGUUUGUACCAAUGUCAGCAACACCGCUCUGUGAUUGUACACUACCACAAUUGAUUGAAACUAAUGCAUUGGUCGAACAUCAGUUAGCAAAUAUCAAAGCCAAUCAAAGGCGAUUAGAAGAUUUAAUUGAUUUAGAAUUUGAUUUUACCAGUUGA